UUUCUUUCUCCACUUCACGAACAGUCCCAGUGAUGCCAUUUUACCCGCUCCUCGCGGCACACACAGGCUGUUUAUUUUCAAAAGCAAGCGGUGUGCUCGAGGAGAGUGUAGGGGCUGCUGCACUUGGAAGAUAGCCCUGAAGGGUGACUCUGAAGUUAACUGCCAAGAAAUGAAAUCCGCAAAGGAAAACUACGACAACCUUAAAGUUCAAAUUCCCAAUAAAGUAGGGGAAACACUGUCAAAAACCGAGAAAGUGCGUCCCAAGGCGAAACCGCGUCUUGACUCGACUACAACAGGGCUGAGUUCCCCUAGACUGUCUGUCACUCAUUGUCGCACUCAGAGAAGGCAUUCCACUGUCAGCUUGUCCGGCUGGACUCGGGACACACAUGAUGGCAAACCUGCAAAGAAAAUCUGUAAGGCACCUGUUAAAAGGCCAGUUACCAGGAUAGCUUCCUCUAGAACAGGGACUGCCAUUCAGGCUUGCAAGAAACUCGGUGAAGUUCCAGAAUGCAGUGUUUCUCAUGCUGCUCAGUGCAAAGAGGGUUCUUGUGCUUCCAGUCACGUCUGUGAUGAUACAGUUGAAACUUUUGAAGAUUUUCAACAACAGGUUUUGAAAGUUCUUAAGCAUGAGGGAGAAAGCCAAUGUCAGGAACACAGAGGAUCCAAAAUUCUGAAGACUGGCAAAAAUAAUCUUGCUGACUUUAAACAAGAUACACUGCCCGAUCGUAUCUUGAGACCACGCAGAAGAACGAGUUACAAUUUGAGAAGAAAGGUUUCGGACAACAUGGAGAAAAAGUGGUUAAAUAAUGACUACCUAGACAAUCUGGUGCAAAACAAUGAAUUCUACCCCAAUUCUCAAAGGACAUAUCCGGAAGAGAUCCCAGAGAAAUGGAGAAAGCAGUCACCAACUCCAUUAAAAUAUAGACCCCAGUUUCCUGAUCGCACAGGCUCUGCACUAUUAGAGAGUAGUAAUUCUGUUGCGCCUGCAUAUUCUGAAUUUCAGCAUUUCUAUAAAGAUUGUGAAUAUUUAACUGGAGAGAAUGCCCAUCACCAUGAAGAAUGUUGGAACACCCCCAUUAGAAUUCACAGUGGAGAGCCUAGCCAGAGCAUCCAGUAUUCAAACAGUGUCGGUGAGACUGAACUCAACAUUGUCCAGCAGUCACUCUGUGGAAAGAAUCUGAAUGAAAGGGAUGAAAACAAAAAGAAUAUAAAGAAAAAAUAUCUAGGAGGCAUGCUGUUUUUCUUAAUCAUAAUCUUUUUUAUCCUACUGGUGUUUUAUUGCCAAUCAGUAUUAACCAUGGAAAAUGAUAAUUUUGCUAGGAAAAACAAUGGGUAUUAUAGCCAGUAUCAUUAAAUUAGAUUUGCACAACAUUACGGGUAUCUCUACCAAUAUUAUUCUUAAGUAGUGCAUCAUCAUUUAUUGUUUUUUUCUGUUGCUUUAAAAAGUUACUGUACGCUUCAAAAUAAACACAUUUUCCAUCU